AUGAUGUUGGAGGGUUGGUUCCCCGGAUUUUACGUUCUGAUGAGCGUUGUUUCGCUGGGAAAUCAAUUCUGUGUUAUGUCUGAGGUUAAGAAUUGAAAAUAUAUGAAAGAGUUGUUAAAAUGCAUGAAGACUACUUGCAAAAACGAUUUUGUUUGGGAUUCAGUUAAGAUCCUUGAUCAUGCCAGUGUACCUAUUCUUGCAUUAACGACAAAGAACGAAUUGAAAGUGGAAAUACAGUUAAAUUCUGAACAGGCUCUGAGGAGUACACUGUUUUUGCGAAAUGUUGUGAUGGAUCGUAUCAUUUCUUUUUCCGAAGAAGAUUUACUAUGUGAUGCCUGUCCAGAUACCUCUCUUAAUCGAGUCAUCGAUCGUUUGGGCUCCGAAGAACCGGUUUUGCCCCAGCUUCGUUUAAAACUACAGCCUAGUGUUACAGAACUCAUGAUUUAUUUUAUCGACUAUUAUUCAAGUUUGGACCUUCAUGAAGUUGUUAUUUCUGCAGCCAGUUCAUCAGUAAGGAGGAGAGAAGAAGACGAAAGAGAUGGACUGCUGUGGAUUAAAGAUCCGUUUUCUAAAACUACUAAUUGUAAAGUUAGAAGAGGUGCAGAUAUAUUCAUGGAAGCUGUCAGUUAUACAAAGAAAGCGCUGAUUGCUGGAAAGGGACUAAGUUGGCCGAUGGAGUUUUUAUAG